AUGCCACAUUCAAGACAACCUUCGAUAUCGUCAUCGAUUAUGUCACAAUCGAAUCAUAAUCAUCCACAAAAAAUCGGACCUUGGAAAUUAGGUAAAACUUUAGGAAGAGGUGCCACUGGUAGAGUUUUAUUAGCUACUCAUCAAACAACGGGACAAAAAGCUGCUGUAAAAGUAGUUUCCAAAUCAGAAUUACAAGACGAAGAAAACGAGAAAAAUGGAGAUGGAUUACCAUAUGGUAUAGAAAGAGAAAUUAUUAUAAUGAAAUUAUUAAACCAUCCUAAUGUUUUGAGAUUGUACGAUGUAUGGGAAACAUCUAAAGCUCUUUAUCUUGUUCUAGAAUACGUCGAAGGGGGAGAAUUAUUUGAUUUAUUGGUAGAACGUGGUCCAUUACCUGAAAUUGAAGCAAUAAAAUAUUUCCGUCAAAUCAUAUUGGGUACUGCUUAUUGUCAUGCUCUUGGUAUAUGCCAUAGAGAUUUAAAACCAGAAAAUUUGUUACUAGAUUCUCAAUUGAAUGUAAAAUUAGCUGACUUCGGAAUGGCAGCUUUAGAGAGUAAUGGCAAAUUAUUGGAAACCUCUUGUGGUUCUCCUCAUUAUGCUGCUCCAGAAAUUGUCAGUGGAUUAAAAUAUCAUGGAGCUGCAUCCGAUGUUUGGUCCUGUGGGGUCAUAUUAUUUGCCUUGUUAACAGGUAGAUUACCUUUUGACGAUGAAAAUAUCAGAAAUUUACUUCUUAAAGUUCAAGCCGGUAACUUUGAAAUGCCAGUUGAUGAAAUAAGCAGAGAAGCAAGAGAUUUAAUUGCUAGAAUGUUAGAAGUUGAUCCGAUGAGAAGAAUAUCUACGGCAAAGAUUUUGAGACACCCAUUGUUAACAAAGUACCCAAUGUCAAACGAGGAUUUAAUUAGUGAAAAGUCAUUGCCACACCCACAAACUGGUUACAAGUCUUUAGGGUCAGUUAGAAACAUUGAUAAACAAAUUCUAUCAAACUUGACAAUUCUAUGGAAUGACAGACCCGAAGAAGAUAUUAUUGACUGUCUUUUGAAAGAUGGGUCCAACCCCGAAAAAACAUUUUACGCAUUGUUGAUGAGAUAUAAGCAUAACCAAGAAGAAUCUAGUAAUAGCAAUUCACCAAAAAAAUCAACUAGUUUCAAUAAUAAAGUGGUACGCAGUGGGUCAAAGUACAGUCUUAAUGGUACGCCCAGAAGAAAAAGAGCUAGUCACAUAAGUGUGUCAAGGCCAACAUCUUUCCAAUACAAGUCCAACCCGGGAGCUGGUGCAGCAGCAAAUAGAAACUCCGUUGCCAGAAAUUCUGCUGUUUCAUCUGCUAAUAACUCUCCUCGAAAAUCACCAUAUAAAUCACCAUACAGAUCGCCCUACAGAUCGCCAUAUAAAUCUCCUUCUAAGAGAUAUUCAGAUAGUCAAUCACCAACAAAGUCCCCUUAUGGAAGAAGAUCAAAUUCACAAAGACAGUUUGAAAAUGAACCGUUAAAGGCAAAGCCAAGAAAUAUUUACAAUGAGAUUGUUGAUGCACAAAGUAACUUUUCGCUACCUCCAUCACUUCCACCUUCCUUACCUUCAAAAGAUUCUCGUUACAUGAUUGACGACUACAACCAACCCCAGUUGCAACAACCUGCGUUGAGUCAAGUUCCUGAAAAUCCUAUUGUCGAUGAAUCCCCUGAUUUAAUGCAGUCUGCAAAUAUUUCUAGUGGCAAAAGAAAUUCAAUAAUAGGAAAGAACAGCAACAACAACAAGAGAAUGUCUAAAAGAAAAUCAAUUCGUGCAUCCAUGACUACGAGUUUAAAAAGAAAUUCCAUAACUAUGAAAUUGUUAUCCACUUAUGCUAAAUUAGCAGGUGAUGACGAUUGGGAGUACAUGGAUAAACAAACAAAAAGAACAUCAGCUACUUUUGCAGCAUUGUGUGACAAGAUAUUCAACCAAGAAGACUAUGACGAAGAAGACGAACAAUUAGUUGAUCCUGAAGAAAAGGAAGCCAGGGAAUAUGAAAGGUUAAUGGAAUUGGAAAGAAAGAAACACGAAGCUGAAUUAAAAGCUAGAAGAGAAUUAGAAAAGAAGAAAAGAAGACAAAAGAGACGUUCAAUAUUGAGUUCGAAGAAAUUAAGUAUUAUUAUCAAGAAUGAUGCUGAUCCAAAUAAUAGUGAACAAGAGUUGGUUGAUGAUGGUAUUAAGCAGCCAAAACGUCAGUCCAAAAACUUGGCUGCUUUAAGAGCAUUAUCUGAGGGAAACCAUGCAUCCGAAGAAUUGACAUUGGAGGACGUUGAGAAUUUAAAGAGAAGAUCAGCAUCACAGCCAGUUCCAAGAAGAAGACAAACUCCAAUUUUGACAAGAAGACCUGUAUCAAGAUUGGAUCCAUUAUGGCAAGCACACGAGAAUGAACAAUUAGACAGAGCUAAAGAUGCUUUGGAACAAGAGUGGAGGGAUUCACAAAAGAGAACUUCAACCGUCAGUCGUAAAAAAGUACACCGAGAAUCGAUGAUUUCGGUAAUGGAUGAUAUUGUCGAAGAAGAUCAAGGUGGUGUAAACAGAAGAUCAUCACGAAACACUUAUUAUGAAAGGGAAAGAGACUAUGAAUUACCAGAACCAACCGUGGAACACUCUAAUUUGACUGAUGAUUACAUGACAGAGAUUAGAAAAUCUAGACUUUUGAACAGUCAGUUGAAUGUAAGGGGUCCACUCAAUGAAAAGAGAAAAUCUGAGCCUAAAACUCUUAUUAGCAAUGUUCAAAUACCGAGUGUUACUAGAAAAUCAAGAAAUUUCACCAGUUCCAACAAAAGAUUGUCAGUAUUGUCUGUGUAUUCAACAAAGGAAUCGUAUCGUGAUUUGAAUUCUAUAAUUAAUUCACCAGAUGAAAACCCUGAAUUGCAUCAAAACAUCAACAAGCCAGCUUUACGAACCAGUAUUGCUGAUCGUUUGGAUAAGGCUGGUUUGCCUGAACCAGAAUAUGAAACCGAAACUGACGGUGAAGAUAAAAUGUCUGUUAUUGAUUUGGACGACCACUUAGCUGAUAGAAGAACUUCAUAUUAUGAUGGUUCUGGAAAGAGAGCUUCUAGAGCUUCAACAACUAAACGAUACAAUGUGCAUUCCAGUUCAGGUCAAAGACCAAAAUCCAAAGUUCCUGAUUUGCCAAGGAAUGAUUAUGAUGAUACAUUUGUUAGUAAUAGUGAUGAAAUUCACAAACGCCAGUAUAAAUCAAUGAUUUCUGACGAAUCUAGUGCAUCCGAUGAUGUCUUUGAUAAAAUUAAAUUACCAGACGGUAAAUCAACUAAAUCUUCUAUUGAUGAAUUGGCUAAUGGUACUUCUACAAGUGGACAUAGGAAAUCCAAAGUGAGACAUUCUCAACCAGGCACAGAAAUGUUGAUUCCCCAUUUGAAUGGAGGUAUUGAAUCGUCACAACCAAUGUCUAAAGUUCGUGGUAACAAUUCAAAUGGUCAUGAUGACACUGCUCCUCCACCACCACCACCAGCUCAUAAGAUAAAUAAAAAACCAUUGGAUGAUAAGACGAAUUUCCCACCACCAGAAGUGGAUCCAAAAAGAAAGGGCUCGUUUUUUAGAAAACUCUCAUGGGGGUCCAAGAAAACCAUUGAAAGCAAUACAAAUGCCAACACAACUACUAAACAACAACAAUUACCAAGUCCUGUUGAUUCUAAAGACGAAAAACCAAAAAGCUCAUUUUUCAGAUGGUUUUCAUCAUCCCACAGUCCAUCAACUGCUGAAAUUAGAAAAUUUAACACAAUUUUACCUAAACACGAAAUGUCUACGGCUUUAUUUGCCUUGUUGAAUUCCUGGUCUAAUUUUGGUUUGAAAGAUUUACGAAAUGAUCAAGUAGGAUAUUAUAUUACUGGUGCCAUAUCCAAACACAAUUCUUUCAAUUUAAAGAGUUGUAAAUUUAGAAUUAAGAUUAAUCAACGAGAUUUCAAUCAAAAAUCAGAAAUUGUAUGUGUUAGAGUGAAAGGAUCUAAAGUUACCACAGAUACGUUAUUUUCUGAAAUUGAAAAAGUCUUACUCAAAGAAGGUGUUUUAGAUAAAUAA